AUGGUGCGACGGAGGGUCAUUAUCGACACAGACUGUGGAGGAGAUGAUGCCAUUGGAAUCAUGACCGCCAUGACGCAUCCAGAAGUAGAGAUUCUGGCCAUUCUGGCUGUCUGGGGGAACGUGGAUGUUGAGCAGGGGAUGGAAAAUCUCGGAAAGUUACUCGACCUGUAUGGACGGGAUAUUCCCUUCUAUCGCGGUGCCGCUGGACCACUUGUGGUGAAUCGGGAAACGGUGCAGUGGGGUGGAUUUGGCAGAGAUGGUUUUGGUGACGCCGGAUUUCCCCCAUCUCCUCGUGUGGCGGCGCAAUCAAAGAAACAUGCCUCUUUGGCUCUUGUGGAAAUUCUUAGAGAUGCCAAACCAGAUGAGGAUGUUGUGUACCAGCUGGUGUGUCUUGGACCAUUGACGAACAUAGCCCUUGCGAUCCGCCUAGAUCCGAGCGUCUUCGAAGUGCUCGGCUCCGAAACUGAACCGGCAGUGACGGUUAUGGGCGGGACAAGCGAGGGGAAGGGCAACUCGAACUUGAUGGGGGAAUUCAACUUCCAUUGCGAUCCUGAGGCGGCGUUUGUCGUAUUUCAUAGCACUGGAAUCAAGCACCCCAUACAGAUGGUCAACUGGGAGGUUACUGUGAACUGUGCCAUGCCGUGGCGCUUUUAUGAUGAGUGGGUAGGCCGGUGCGAGACGUCGGAGGGGCUCAGGCCGGUAAAUCAAAACAAGACCCAAUGGUUUAUUGAGAAAAUGUUUCAGCGCCUGGAGACCUUCACGCGGCCAGACGAGGAUGGGACAAGGGCCGACACAGGCGACGCUGAGGCCACGCAGGACGUCACUUGCGUCAUACCGGAUGCCGUGGCGAUGCUUGUUGCCUUGGACCCCACGAGCCUGGAGGACAGCUUUCUCACAUACGUGACAGUAGAGUUGCAAGGACGCGAAACUCGCGGAGCGACUUGCAUUGAUUGGUAUGGUACGGAGCAAUCUAUGGCGAAGAAGGGUCGUUGGCGCAAUUGCAACGUCGUCACAAAAGUAAACUGUGAUACGUUUCUGGAAGUCAUGCAGCGGAUAGUGGAUUUCCCCUUGUAG